UCGCCAUCCUUACGCAGACGGAACGUUCGUGUCCCAGCCUGAGGAGGUCACAGACAGAGACCCACCAAUAUGACUAUUUCUCGUUAACUGGAACUUACUCGCGAGUGUUGAUGCACAGGUGAUCUAGUGAAGAUGUCAUCUGAGCUGGGUGUAGAGCGGCCGAGGACCCUCGCUUUACCCGAAUCACAGGUAGAACGUCGAGUUCACUUCAGUGAUGUGGACGGGUCACGCCUGGUCAGUGGUCGACAGUCUCAGGUGUCUACGACUCCUAGCCCAAGAAAACUUCGGCCUGUUCCUGACUUCCGACCAAAACGAAAGAGAUCUAUCAGUUUCUCCUCUGCUGGGGAAUUUCGAUUCGGGAACAAACGACGCAAGAGGGGCAGAGUUUUGCCUUCUAAGUUUCUCCUUGGUGGGAAUAUUACAGACCCUCUUAAUCUUGGUUCCCUGGACAAGGAAGAAAUUGCACCGUCAGGUGUUCUGGAAUCAACUGGUUCUGCUGUGUCCAAACGCUCAGAUGCUGUUAGAGUUAUCAUCGCACCAAAUAUCAAUGACCCGCUGAACUUGGAUGCAUCGUCAGAUAAUGAGGACUUACAGAAGCAAAUUCGUCGCAGGAGACGAAACAGGAAAAGGAAACGGCGACUGUCAGAACCAAGUGGUAGUACCGCUGACAGUAUGAUUCUUCAUGGCAUUGGAGAAGUUGACACAGAAGAGACUCCUACCUUGGAGACAAAUAGCUUAACAAAUACAGAACUGGCUAGACAAAUUUCUCUAGAUGCCAUGAAGCCCCUUACAGUCAAUACAGAUUUAAGUACACCACAAGGAGCAAUUGAUGGACGGAAGGAAGGACCUGUUACACCUACUGGAACGAAACCUUCAACAAGUGGGAUACAGCGUCCAGUAUUUAAGAAGCAGCGGAGCAAGUCAGAAAACAAGAUUGUCAGUCCAGUCAUUCCUCAGCCAGGUGGAGAGCGUAAAAGACACCCCAGUCAUUCCAGACAUUAUGCAGAGAAGCCACAUUUGAGUCAGCAGAACCUACAGCCCCCAAAGAAGUUUAAUCCCAAGAAUGAACUGUUUCAGUAUGGAAAUUAUAAUAAAUAUUAUGGUUAUAGAAAUCCCGAUCAGACACCAGAUGUACGACUCGAAUACCUGAAGCGAGAAUGGUUCGAGGGGAAAGAAGUAUUAGACAUUGGUUGUAAUAUUGGCCAUGUUACACUUACCGUUGCCAGAGACUACAACCCUAAGAGAGUUGUUGGUAUUGAUAUUGAUAAAAAACUUGUCAGUAUCGCUGAGAAAAACAUCAAGCACUACCUUCGUAAAGGUGAUACACAAGAAGCAAACUUCCCAAAGUCAAUGAGGCUUCUUUAUGGACCAUUGAAGCCACCUGUCAGGGCUGAUGGAAGUCGAACUUUUCCGCAUAAUGUCAAGUUCGUUCAUGCCAAUUAUGUUUUGGAAUCUGACGAGUUGCUGGAGACAGUGCGGCCAGAGUUUGACAUGAUCCUGUGCCUCAGCAUUACUAAAUGGGUUCAUCUGAACUGGGGAGACUCUGGCCUCAAGAGAUUCUUUCGUCGCGUCUUUCACAAUCUCAAGCCUGGAGGUAGAUUUAUUCUUGAACCUCAGGGCUGGCCAUCAUACAAUAAGCGAAGGAAGCUUACGAAGCGAAUUUUUGAAAAUUACAAGAACAUUCGACUGUUCCCCGACAAAUUCAAUGAUUUCUUACUGCAUGAAGUGGGCUUCGGCACAAGUGAAAAGACUACAACACCUCACCAUGCUUCUCGUGGUUUCCAGAGGCCAAUCAUUAUUUACACAAAGGCUGGAGGAAGCAGCAAGUCCAGCCCAGCAGAAGAAAGUAAGUCUAAAGACAUGAGCUCCAAGAAAAAAUCUGAAGAAAAUCAAAGUAUUAAGCCGGAUGAGCAGUGUGAAAGAAGAAAUGCACAGGUAAAGGAAGUAAGUAUAAGUUAUACAGUAGAAACUAGUGAAGACAAUGUUUUUGUACAGGAAACUGACCAGAAUAAAAAAAGUAGAGAGAAAACCUUGCCAGUCAUUACGAGUUUAGUGAAAGAAGCUCCAGCACAAGUAACAGGAAACAGUGAUCAGCAUAACCUGGAAAUUAAGACUUUAAGUAAACAGAUGGAAAAACAGUGCAAACAUUUGGAGCAAAACACAAAAGUGUCAGAACCCACCGUAAAAGUACCUGAUUGCCGAGGACUUGAAGAUACGGAAGACAAAGAAACGUCAGAGAGAUGGAAAGACUCUGGUAUUGGAAAUGAAGAUAAGCAUAUCUGUGAUACUAGAAUUAUAAGGGAAAGUGAAGUAAGUAGCUGUUUGACACAUUCCUCUAAUGAUACACAAAGUGUCACUAGAAUAUGUGAACUGCCUUAUUCAUCAGUAAGUAAGGUUAAGGACAAAAACAAAGUAACAGAUUACAGUGAGAUCCCACCUGUUGUUCACUCUACCAAUAACUGCAAGUCAUAUGUAAGUUGUUAUAAAGUUUCAGAUGCAGCUUUAACAAAAGAAUUAGAUAAGACGGUAAACUCGGAGUCAACAGAUGGAUCUGAAAAGAGAAGAACUAUUUCUUCUGCCAGCACUGUGACUGAAAAAGACUAUAUGAAAGGUGAAGAUACAGAAGAUACUGGAAGACCAAAAUCAGAUGAUAAAUUAUGUAAUGCAAUAAUCAGUAGUAAGUGCUAUGAUUCACCAGGUGCAGCAGCAUUAAAGGAUUCAGAGAACAAAGGGAGAGAAAGCUGUAGUGCAAUCAGUGUUGAGCAAAGUGUAACAGUGAUACCACAAAUAUCAUCUCUCCAUAGAAAUAAAUUAGAACUGGACAAAUUAAACGCUAGUGCACUGUCACCACUCAAGCGUCAGUGUACCAACACCGAUGAGGAAGACGCUGAAAAACAUGAACCUCAUAAACGGCCAAGACUGGAAGACAUGUGAAUCAUAGAAAUGAAGGUCUGGUACCUAAUAUUAGUCAAAUUUGUAGGUUGCAAAUCGACCAGCUUUUCCUGGAAACACAGAAGGACACAGGUUAGGUUUUAUUUGAUUUAAUAUCUUUUCCUAACAUGUGUUUAGUUACUGUACAAACAGAUCUUUGCUAAUAUAAUUUUAAAUAAUGAAGAAUAGUUUUAAUUGGCACAAGAUUUGACGUUUUUUAACAAGAUAUAAAAUUCUUCCAUGUAUAUCCAAUAACCAGCUUUAUGUAUUAAAGUCAUUUAAGUAUUUUGUGCAGUCAGUGCAAAAAAACUGCACAUAGUGUACAUUCCCAGUGAUGGAAAAUAGUGAGUAACCUUCAAAAUGUUCUGAUUUGGCUGUCACACAGUUGAGCAGUAUUCAUUCAUCAUUGAAUAAAUAAAUAGAUGGCUUCUGCUGUCACUAUAUUA